AUGCCUUCCUCCAGCGCCAUGUCGCCAGCUGCUCCUGCAAGUCCAGACGUCGAGAUCCAUCCUGCCGAGAUCCUCGUGGUUGCCAACGACUAUGACGAGCAGGCGAUCAUGCAGUCUGGCUCGGACUAUGACCGACAGGAUGGGGACGUGCGGGGCAGGGAGGAUGGGGCGGAGGACGCGGAGACGAGCCGGAACUCCGUCAACGUUUCCUUCAAGGCCAUCCCGGUGACAGAGGAGAACGUUUCUGCUCUCUCCUGCAGCCUUAGGACAAGGCACGUGCACGACGAGAGGGGGACGGAGGAUGAGAGCGACAUGUCGAGCGAGGAGGAGGAGGACAUGGAGCGGAAGCCUCUUCGAUCAGCAGGGCAGGAAGUGCUGGAUAGAACAUCGACGAUGGGGGAGAUGAUGAUACAGAAGAUGCAAACCAACCCCGACCAGCUCGUCGUCCUCGUCCUCACCAGCAGCUACCAGAGUUUUAUGAGGAGCGAUAUGACGAGAGAUCUCCGUGCUCUCCAAGCUGGAAGCGAGUCUGCGCUGCUCGUGCGAGGAGGAGCGAUUGUUCUCAGCUGCUCUCCGCUCAACGCUGUUGUGACAUCGCAGCAAGCGUUCGUGGUAGUGCCCGACGGGGCCGACGACUUGCUGGAGCCGCUGCUGCAUCGAGUUCAGAAGCUUCGCGGGACUGAAGAUAGCUGCGGCAUGAUCGACUUCGAAUUUGUAGCGCUGGAAGGUGAGAAUGAGAUCGGGGAGGACAAGGGAGAACAGGAGGAGCAGGAGAUGGGGGUGGAGGGAAAGAGAUAA